ACGCCAUGCCCCUUUAGUACCAUCAUUAUCAGUCCAUGCUCCAAAAUCAUAUCUCCCAACCUUUGCCAUAUGACUCUCACCCCUUUGCCAACUCAAAAAUUUUCUUUACUAAGACAGAUCGACAAAAAGUAUGCUGCUAUGCAACAGUACGAGAUUCAUUUUGCUGGUUCUUCACAACCCCACAUCUCCUAAAACAACAAGCAAUCUUUCUUAUCAGGAACUUUCAUAGCCACCCAACAUUUUCACUCCCUUCACUUACAAUGAUAGAAACAAUAUAAGAACUUUCUUUUUUUUUUCUCUUUCUUUUUUCCUUCCUUACUCAUUAAUCCACCAAAGCUUUUUAUGUUCUUUAAAUUUCCCCAAACAGUCUAAACUUUCCUUUUCUACAGGAAAAGAAUCUAAUCUAGAUUUAUUUUUUCACAAAUUUCAAACUAUACUUUUAAUUUUCCAGCCCCAGAAAAUUGUCGAACUCCAUACUACUACAUAUUCUUCCAACUUCUUAGCAAAGCUCAUUUUUUCACAUGGGCUCCCUCUUCUCUUUUACAUUGAUAAUUCUUUCAUGGGCAUCAUUAGCAUCAAUAAAAGCUGGAGCUCAAGGAAUCAAAUCAGCUCAUCUUCUUGAUCUCUACAUUAGAGACUACACAUUUAAGUCCUUUGACCAACGUUUCAGGACUGGAACGUUACACACUGUACAUUUACCAGCAAACUUUUCUGGCAUCAGGGUCAACAUGGCGAGGUUCAGAUGUGGCAGUCUUCAAAGGUAUGGUGCAAGGGUUAUGGAAUUUCAUCUGGAUGUUGGUGUGACUGUGCAUCCCUGUGUGGAAAGAGUCAUGGUAGUUAGACAAAACUUGGGAUAUAAUUGGUCUUCCAUAUACUAUGCUAACUAUGAUUUAUCUGGUUACCAACUUGUGUCCCCUAUUUUAGGUCUUCUAGCUUAUAAUUCUGGUGUCAACGUGAAUUUUAGAAACUCUUUUGAGCUUGGAAUUCUUGCAGGAGAAAAGCCCAUCACAAUAGACUUCAGCAAUACUACAAACUUCACUAACUUACAGGGAAUUAGGCCAUAUUGUGCUAGUUUUGAAAGUGAUGGCAAAGUCACACUAGCAAAUCAGGUAUCACCAUAUGUAUGUGAUGCAACGAGGCAUGGACAUUUUGGAUUGGUCAUUGAGACACCCCCAAAGCAAGUGAGUAAAAAGAUUAGCCGGUGGAAAGUGGCAGUUGGAAGUUCAAUUGGGGCUACAUUGGGUGCUUUUCUUUUGAGUUUGCUUCUGGUGGCAAUGUUUGUUAAGGCCAAGAAGAAGUCAAGAAUGGAAGAGAUGGAGAGAAGGGCUUAUGAAGAAGAAGCAUUGCAAGUAUCUAUGGUUGGACAUGUAAGAGCUCCUACAGCAGCUCUCACUCGAACAUUGCCUACAAUUGAGCACGAGUAUAUACCUCCUCCUCAUUGAAUAUUGUUCAUUUUUGUUUGUGAUUAUUCUUGUUGUAACAUUAGCUAAAAAAGAAAAAGUAUUGGUCAUGAGAUUUAAAGAAAAUUCAACCAUAUUUGCAUAGUUUCCAAAUCUUGGAACAGGAAUCAGGAACAAAUUAAUCC